CGAAUAUCCAAAGAGUCAAAAAAAAGGAGAAAAGGCCCAGAAGCCAGUCAAGGCAAGUGGGUCGCUGGGUACUUCUACUUACAUCCUUUUCCGAUUGGAGAUGUGCCUGUUCGUUUUACUAUGUAAGUAACCCCAAUCGUUGGAUUUGCGAGUCUAUCAGUCAUGAGCAUGAGGGUUCUCACUUGUCAAUCUACAACAACAGGCGCGGGCCGCGUGCUGCUAUCACAGGAUACUGGUGAAAGCGGAGCCUCCACUGUUCGACUUGAUGAGGCUGCUAGCUUAGAGUCAAGCGCUAACAGUCCUCCGGAAAAACACACGGGAAAUUCCGGCGGAAGUGUUGCAGACGAGGUUACGGCAAGCCUCGCUGAAACGGACAGUGAGGGCCCAACAUCAUGGGACGGGAUUUUAUGGACUCGAUUUUUUUACUAAAGAAACUUCAACUAGAGCCAUGUAGCUAACUAUGUAAAUUCACGCUCACCUGAAGAAAGAAAAAAGAACUUAAGACUAAGAGACCUUUGCAUUCGUUUCGAUUGCUUUCCUUUGGUCUAGUGCUUCUUGUCGGUCGUCCAUAACUAGUAGAGACUUAUAGACUAGAUGUUUCAGCAACAGCAGGUAGAAGAGGGUAAGGUGAAGCAAGGUAGCUGGUGAUGUAUUUUCGAUAUAGCGUGCAAUUGACGGUGCGGCCGAAUGCGUUUCAGGCAGGCAGUGGUCUGCUACUCUUGUUGUGCGUCUACAUGCACUUUUUGCCUUUUUUCUGAUCCAGCCGUCGCUCCACCUCUAACAUUCGCAACGACCACAGUCACGACGACGAGUCUCAGAUACCAAAUGCUGCGAAAAGUAGAGCCUGGCACUUCUUUCACCGAACGGGCACCGGUGUCAGCGGCCGCGAGUUGGACGGACCUCGCGCGUGGCCUUUUCCAUAAAGGUGCAAGCCUCUUCUGGUGGAGUUCCCCUUCC